AUGGCAGUCGAAUCCUCUCCUGAAGCCGGUGUCCGGUGCAACUCUCCCGUCGACGUUGAGAAACUCGGGAGGCAACGCCCGGCAGUCUUCAAGACCAAUUAUGCUGAGUACUGCUUCUGCUUUUCACUGCUGGCCUCCAUGUUCAUGGCGGAAUACUUCAUCAGUGGCUUCCAUAUCAUCCUGCCCGCCUUGACAACCUCCCUCGACAUCCCCACCGCCGCUCGAAGCUGGCCCGCCAGCGUCUUCUCCCUCGUCACCGGCUCAUUCAUCCUCCCAUUCGGUCGACUAGCGGAUAUUUUUGGAGCACGCAUGCUGUUCGUCUGUGGCCUGGUGUGGUUCGCCGUCUGGUGUCUCAUCGCCGGCUUCAGCCAGAACUACAUAAUGCUCAUAUUUUGCCGUGCUAUAAGCGGCCUUGGCCCGGCUGCUUUCCUGCCAGCUGGGAUAAUGCUGCUCGGCACCGUGUACAGACCGGGGCCGCGUAAGAACCUGGUCUUCAGCCUUUACGGUGCUUUCGCUCCCAUCGGCUUCUUUACCGGCAUUUUCUUCGGUGGAAUCAGUGGCCAGCUCCUUAGCUGGGGCUGGUAUUUCUACUUCGGCACCAUCUUCCUCGCCAUCGUCGUUGUAGUUUCGGUGUUCUUCGUCCCCGACGACCGCCUUGAUGGCAGGGUUACCGAUAUAAGUAUGGAUUGGUGGGGUUUCGUCACCAUCGUGCCGGGUCUUCUUUUGGUCGUCUUCGCCAUCACUGAUAGCUCUCAUGCCUCUCGCGGCUGGGCCAAUCCCUACAUCAUUGUCACCUUUGUCGUUGGGGUACUCUGUCUCAUUGCAGCCUUUUAUAUCGAAGGCUGGGUCGCAGAACAACCCUUGCUCCCAUUCGACAUUUUCGAACCAAAGUCCAUCAAACCCCUCAUCGUCGGCUUGUUGUUCUCGUACGGCGUGUACGGAAUCUACCUGUUUUACGCCAGCUUCUACAUCGAGCUCGUACUCGGCAUCGGAACGCUGCAAACCACAGCAUGGUUCGCUCCCAUGGCUGCCGGCGGCCUCAUCCUCUCCACCGUCGGCGGGCUCGUCAUGCACCUUCUCCCGGGCAAGCUGCUGGUCGUCCUCGCAGCUGCGGUACAGGUCAUCUGCUGCCUGCUCUUCGCCAUCAUGCCCGACAACCCCAACUACUGGGCACACGUCUUUCCGGCAAUGGUCUGCGCCACCCUCGGCGUCGACAUCACCUUCUCCGUCACCAACGUCUUCAUCACCACCAGCAUGCCUCGGCACCGACAAAGUGUUGCCGGGGCGUUGAUCAACACCACGCUGUUCCUUGGCAUCGGCUUCUUCCUCGGCGUAGCGGACCUGGCCGUGAGUAGCAGUGCCCACCUCGGUGUCAAAGGGAGCUACAAAGUUGCCUUUUGGUUUGGCGUUGCGUGUUCCGGUGUCGCAUGUUUGAUGUUCUCGCUUGUGAAGAUGGGGAGAGCAAAGAGCGAUUUUACACACGAAGAGAGAGCGCAGUUGGAGACGGAAGAGGCAAGAUGA